CUUCUCUCUCUUUUUUUUCUGUCUCUUUCUUUCUACAGUUUUCUCGUCCCUCUAUCCUAUAAAGACUGAUAUCAAUGUAACAUAACAUGGUUACAGACCAAAUUGCAAGAAAAAAUACUAUAGAAAUAAUAUAACUUGAAUUGGAUCCAAUGCCUUUCAACCUUCAAAAACACCCCUCAAAUAAAUGUUUUUAGUUGUCCAAUGUGUUUUUCCUUUUAAAAUUCAGUAAAGAAAUGUAUUUUAUUACACACCCAAAUCAUUGUUCCACUAAAAUGAGAAGUAUUUUUGGGUGUCUCUGCAAACUCUGAACUCCGUCACGUGAAGUUUAAGCCAAAAAAAUUCAAGAAACCAAACCCCCCAAAUCUUGAAAUUCUUUAUACUAUUACUUCCAUUUCUCUUUGUUUAUGGUACUGAAUUUUUUUUAGGUUCCAUUAAAAGUGAAAGUACUAGCACAGUGAACAAAGUGUAAAUAUGUUGUGUUUUGGAGGUGUUGUCAAGUUUGAUUUAUAGGUUGUGAGUCAAAGUUGUUGUCAUUGAUGAUAAUGACACUAAUUGGCGCCUUCUGUUACAUUUUCUCACUACAUUCUUUUAAAGUGGUAGAUCUGAAGAUUCUGGUGUUGAAAGUGAUCUUGUUAAAACUCUUUAGACAGAAAGCUAAUUGUCUUUUGGAUCUUUUAGUUUUCAAGAUUCUAUCUGAUCUUUUUGUCCUCCUCAACACCAAAUAAAAAAGAAACUGCAUUUUAUUCCUCCUCCUCUAUAUAUCAAUACCCAAAUCAAGAAUCCAUUUUUACUCUGCAGUUGAAGUUUUCAGUGCUCAUUCAUCAAUGGAAAAUCCAAAUCAAGACUCCAUUUUUGCUCUGCAGUAAACCAUUUGGUGUUCAUUUAUCAGUGCAACCAAAUAAAGACUCCAUUUUUACUCUGCAGUUGAGCUUUUUUGUUUUCAUUCAUCAGUGGAAAUCCAAAUCAAGACUCCAUUUUUACUCUUCAGUUGAGAUUUUUAGUGCCCAUUUCAUGAAAAUCCAAAUCAAGAAUCCAUUUUUACUGCUGCAGUUGAGCAUUUCAGAGCUCUUUCAUCAAUAAAAAUGCCAACUUUAGUGAAAAUCAAGAACCCCUUUUGGCUGUAGAGUUGAACAAGAACAAUUCAGUGUUCAUUGAUUCAACAACAAUGGAAAUGUUGUCAAUUUCGAUGGGAAUCAAGAACCCAAUUUUGUACUUAAGGUACAAUUCAUGUCACAAAAUGUUCUUUUUCAUAUUCACAAUAUUUUCCAUAUUUUUCCCACUUGUAAAAUCAGGAGAUGCUGAAGCUUUACUAGCAUUGAAAGCCACAAUAGACCCAAAAAACAUUCUUGAUUGGAAAAAAGAGACUGAUUUAUGCCAAUGGCAAGGUGUAAAAGAAUGCAUGAAUGGAAAAAGAGUUACAAAGCUUGUAGUUGAAAAUCUAAAUUUGAGUGGCAGAUUGGACGAAAAUGCCCUCAAUCAAUUGGAUCAAUUACGAGUUUUGUCCUUCAAACAGAACUCCAUUUCCGGCCAAAUUCCUAACCUCGCCGGACUUUUCAACCUCAAAUCCCUUUUCCUGAAUAAUAACAAUUUCUCCGGCGAGUUUCCGGCGUCCAUCGCCGUCCUCCACCGCAUUAAAGUUGUGGUACUUGCCGGCAACAAUAUGUCAGGCGAAAUUCCGCCGUCGUUAACGAAAUUAUCCCGGCUUUACGUGCUGUAUUUACAGGACAAUCACUUCACCGGCGAAAUCCCGCCGUUGAAUCAACCGAGUUUGAGAUUCUUCAAUGUGUCAAACAAUCAACUCUCCGGCCGAAUCCCUAAUACUCCGGCGCUUUCUCGGUUCAACGAAUCGUCUUUCGCCGGAAAUGUCAAUUUGUGCGGAGCUCAAUUAAACCCUAACUGUAUAAUCUCUGGUCCUUCAAUUAGCCCGUCGUAUCCUAUUAGUCCUUACAAUGAAUCUCACCAUAAAAGAAACAAAAAGCUUGUCAUUAUCAUCGUUUCAGCGCUCGCCGGAGUUUUGCUGCUCUGCAUUUUGACGGCGAUUUUCAUAGCAUGUGUGAGAAAAAGAAGAAGAAAAAAUAAUGAAGGAAAAAGCAAAGGAAUUGAAGCCGCUGCCGCCGGCAGGGAAGAAGAGGGGACAAGUGGCGGCGGUGGCAGUGGUGGUAAUUUUGGAGGAAAAGAAGGGGCAUUUUCAUGGGAUCAACAAGGAAGUGAAGGACUAGGGGCAUUGGUGUUCUGCGGACCAGGGGAUCAACAAAUGAAUUACAGCCUAGAGGAUUUGUUGAAGGCUUCAGCUGAGACAUUAGGGAGGGGUAUAAUGGGAAGUACAUAUAAAGCAGUGAUGGAAUCCGGCUACAUUGUGACGGUGAAGCGGCUGAGGGAUUCAAGGUUUCCGAGGUUAGAGGAAUUCCGGCGACACGUGGAGAUUAUUGGCAGGCUAAGACAUCCUAACUUGGUCCCACUCCGAGCUUAUUUUCAAGCUAAGGAAGAACGUUUGCUCGUUUAUGAUUAUUUCCCUAAUGGCAGCCUCUUCUCCCUCAUUCAUGGGUCAAGGGCUAAUAGUGGUUCAAAGCCACUUCACUGGACCUCCUGUCUCAAAAUUGCAGAGGAUGUGGCUACUGGAUUGCUUCAUAUCCAUCAGAAUCCUGGCCUGACUCAUGGAAACUUGAAAUCAUCAAAUGUACUAUUGGGGGCUGACUUUGAAUCGUGCCUCACCGAUUAUGGCCUCAUGCCAUUUAGGAAUCCAGAUUCUCCAGAGGAAUCCGGUGCUUCUUCCCUCUUCUACAGAGCUCCUGAGUGUCGUGACAUUCGAAGGCCAGUAACCCAUCAGGCUGAUGUCUAUAGCUUUGGCGUCCUCCUGUUGGAGCUCCUAACCGGAAAGACCCCUUUCCAAGAUCUUGUUCAAGAACAUGGAUCAGACAUACCGAAAUGGGUGAGAUCUGUUCGAGAAGAAGAAACUGAAUCAGGUGAUGAACCUGCCUCUAGUAAUGAAGCCUCAGAAGAGAAACUUGGUGCACUCUUAAACAUAGCCAUGGCUUGUGUUUCACUUGUACCUGAGAAUCGACCCACGAUGAAGGAUGUUUUAAGGAUGAUUCGAGAUGCUAGAGCAGAAGCUCAAGGGUCUUCUAAUAGCAGUGACCAUUCACCAGGAAGAUGGUCAGAUACUGUCCAGAGCUUGCCUAGAGACGAACAUUUGAGCAUAUGAGUUGUAUACUUUUUGAAGGGUUUGAAUAAUGUGUCUUGAUUCUUUUGAAAGGCAGAAGUCUCUUUGAAGCAUUAAUGAAUAUGAGUUAUAAUGGAUUUGUUGAUUCAGUUCUUGUAAAGAUCAAGGGCUUUUUAUUUUUCUUGUUUCUAGGUUUAGUUGUUUGUAUCUAGGAGAUUUGCUUUAUACCACUUCAUUGACAUUCACUAGUUUAAGAUCCAUUCCUGAGUCAAAAGUUUGUUGCCAGCUUGUUUUGUGAGGAUGUAAUUGUAAUUGAGGUUCCAACUCUUUUUUAGGAAAUUUCUUGUUUGUAUCCAA